AAAUGGAAAAAGAAUUUAUAUGAAAAACAACCAUAUCCAGAUAAUUAUACAGAUGAAACUUUUUUAAUUGGAUUAGUACAGAAUGCAAAUUUUAUAAAGUAUGAUUUUUGGACAGUAGUUUUAGAUAGUUUUACAGUUUCACAACAAAUAACCAGUGUAAUUUUAUUCGCGAUUAUAUUCUUUCAUUCUUUAAAGCAUACUCUUAGUUUACCAAUUUUAUUGGGAACAGCUGGUGCAUUUUUAACAUUGGGUUAUAUAGCAAUUAUAAUAAUUGACCCAAGUUCAAAUUUUUUAUCAAUUAGAUCAAGUUUAUUACAUAUUAUAUUAUUAUUUGGUACAGUUUAUGGUUUAUCACCAGUAUUAAGAACUUUAACCAACUCAUUUAGCGACGAUACAAUUUGGGCACUUACUUUUAUAUUAUUAUUAGCCCAUUUAUUUUUCCACGACUAUGGUUUUACCAACAACGAAUCACAAAAAUUUUCAGCACCAGUUUCAUUAAAUGCAGCAAUUUUUGCAUCAGUUUUAUUAGGAUCUAGAUUACCAUCAAAUAUCCAUGUAUUUGUUUUAAUUUCAUAUGCCAUCGAAAUAUUUGCAUUAUUUCCAAUUUUCAGACAUCAUUUAAAGAGACACUCCGUAGAGUUACAUGUUGUUUUAACAAUCAUACUAUGCAUUACAUGCAGUUUAUUAUUAUUGGGCAUGAGCAAACUUUUAGCAUUAAUCUAUAUGGGUAUCAUAUGUACCAUUACCUUUGUUUGUCCAUUAUGGUUAAUAUGGAUUCAAAAAUAUAAAAACGAAAUUAAUGGUCCAUGGGACGAAGCAUCAGUU